CACACAGCACGUAUGUAUUGAUAUUUUGGUAGCGGAGGAUUCUAUCCUCUUUCUCUUCAACUUCAACCUCUAUCUUUCUUUCUCUCAAAAUCUCUACUUAGACAAACAUACAUACCACUCUGUAAUCUCUUCUCUUUUUUUUUCUCUUUUUCUCAGAGGACAUUCUUUUUCUGGCUUUUACAAAUAUACCCAGGUUUCACUAAGGUAGUUCAUCAAAGAAGAAGUCCUAGAUGAAAUUUGAAGAGAAGUCAUAUUCAAGAACAAAAGAACUCCAUAUGGCAAAAAGGCACAUAGGUAGAUUGAAGGGGACCAAAGAUAUGGCUGACUCUAUGAAAGCUCAGGCUGAAUCUGAUCUCUAUGAUGCUAAAAAGACAGUAAGAGAUUUAUCUUCCUCAAUACGAAACACAGACUCUGAAACAAAAGCUCAAAAGCAAGAGACUGAAAUGUUGAAGAAAUCAAUUAGGCAGGAAAGGAGUUCGGCCUCUGUGGAUGCUGAUAGUUAUAACUAUGUAGAAGUGGUAAAGGAAUUGGAGAUUGUUAAGCAGGAAUUGCGCAUGCUUAAGCUUGAAAUGGCUGCAAUUUUAGCAGAGAAAUCGAGGGCAGAGGAUCAAAUCGAGGCUGUAACAUCGCGAAUAUCAUCUUGUUCGAACUCUUUGGAGGCUGUGAAGAAGGAGAUUGAGGAGGUAAAUGAGGAGCAUGUUUUGAUUGAGUUGGCCAGGAUUGAGGCUUUGAAAGAGUAUGAAGAAAUUGAGGCCGAAAGAGAAAAGGAAGCCGCUCGUUUCAAAUCUACCAUUCAGAAUACCAGGAAGAAAAUGAAGGACAUUGUUGAUGAUAUUGAGGAAUCUAAAGAGCUUCAACCCAAGUUGGAUGCAACAAUGGCUGAUCUUGAGGUGUUACAGAAGGAAUGGAGUCUUGUAAAGGAAAUGGAGCAGAGAGCUCAAAGAAGUACGAGCUUGAAAGGUUCAGAAGCAAGUUCCCAAGGAGGAGAGACAGACCAGGAUGCUACACUUUCUUUGCAGACAAUUACUGAAGAAUUAGAAGAAGCACAAAAAGAAUUGGCUUUAGUCAAAGAAGAAGGUUUUCAAUACAUGUCAUCAAUGGAUAUCAUAAGAAAUGAGUUAAGACAUGUGAGGACCGAGACAUCUAGAUUGGAGGAAAUUGAGAAGAAGAGAGAUAUAACUGUACAAAAUCUUAACUCAAAGCUACUCAGAGCAAAAUCCAAGUUGGAAUCUGUAACUGUAGCUGAGAGAAAGGCUAAUAAAAUUGCAGCAAAUCUAUCUAUCACUCUUGAAAAGCUCAAGGCAGAAGCUGAGGCUGCAAAGGAAGAAAAGUAUGUUAUUGAUGAAGAGGUUGCAACCAUGAAGGAAGAAGUCCAAAAAAUGGAAUCAAAUAUAGACAUCACCGAGGAGAAAUUGCAAGCUACUUUGGUAGAGCUGGAAGCAGUGAAAUCAUCAGAGGCUUUGGCUCUUGAGAAUCUGAAAUCUCUAAUUGAAAGUGCAAUGGGAGCUAGAAGUUCUUCAGUGGAGCACAAUUCCUCAAUUACCAUCUCCAAGUUUGAAUAUGAAUAUUUAACUGGACGUGCCGUUGGAGCUGAAGAACUUGCUGAUAAAAAGGUUGCAGCUGCAAAGGCAUGGACUGAAGCUAUUAAAGCUAGUGAGAAAGAAAUUCUAAUGAAGACAGAGUUAGUUCAAAGAGAAAUCAGAGAGAUGAAGAUGGAUGAAAAGAGAGAGUCUUAUGGAAUGGAGAGAUCAAUUUCAGCGAAAGAUAUGGUUGAGAAAGAGUUGAACAACUGGAAAAACAAAAGAGAAAAAAAUGAGACACCAGAGAAUUUACAACUAGCAAUGCAUAAAAGAUCCAUUAGAAGCAGUAACAUUGGGACUAAUUUGACUCCAUCUAGACGACCUAGUUAUCGAAAAUCUGCUUCACCAGGGACUCGAAGUUCUUUCCUUGUUAAAAAGAAAAGACAAGCAAUCCCAGACCUUGCCAAGUUCUUCAAGACUAAAGCAAACAAGAAUAUUUGAACCGCUACAAGUUUUCUUGGCCAAGUAAAUAAUACAAUUCCUUUUAUGUUUCAAUAUUGGGAUAUCAUCAAAUAACUAUAGGUUAGAGUAUGUGAAUGUGAGGUUUCAUUAUUUAAGUGAUGUAUUGAUGAUGUACAUAAUUGUUGUUGUAUAUUUUUAAGGCAAUCAACAAAUUAUAUGCUCCUCACACUAUGGUUGUUAUAUUUAAGAUCCUCCUCUUGGUUGUCA